CGACAAGCUACAGGGAAGCGAAAGCAACUUCCGGAUAGUACUUCCGGCGGCUAACGCUGGUAUUUUGGGUUAUUGUGGCACCACAGCUGUGUGUCUGCUACCAUGAAUUGAAAUCGGAGUGUUCAAUUGGGUCCCAGAAAACGUCUCGUGGCUGGGUGGACAGGAAGAAGGCAGACAUGUAUGCCUCGGGUAAAUACAGCUCCCGGGGACCAGCGCUCAUCCCUCGGAUGAAAACCAAGCACCGCAUAUACUACAUCACACUCUUCUCCGUGGUGUUGCUUGGCCUCAUUGCCACUGGGAUGUUCCAGUUCUGGCCUCAUUCCAUCGAAUCCUCGGCCGACUGGACCGUGGAGAAGCGCAGCGUUCACGAUGCUCCUCUGGUGCGCCUCCCUGUCACCAGUCCCAUUCCUGAGAGAGGGGACCUCAGCUGUCGCAUGCACACUUGUUUCGAUGUGUACAGAUGUGGCUACAAUCCCAAGAACCGCAUUAAAGUUUACAUCUACCCGCUGCAGAGGUUUGUCGAUGAACUGGGGGUUCCAAUCAGCAGCACGGGACUAUCAGGGGAAUACAACGACCUACUCAGUGCCAUCUCGGAUAGUGACUUCUACACGGACGACGUCAACAGGGCUUGUCUUUUUAUCCCAUCAACAGAUGUUCUCAACCAGAACUCUCUGCGUAUCAGAGAGACCGCGCAAGCUCUGGCAAUGCUAUCCAGGUGGAACAAAGGAAUGAAUCACCUUCUUUUCAACAUGUUACCAGGCGGACCCCCAGACUACAACACUGCCUUGGAUGUCCCCAGAGACCGAGCGCUGUUGGCAGGAGGAGGUUUCUCAACCUGGACCUACAGACAGGGUUACGAUGUCAGCAUUCCAGUUUACAGUCCCCUCUCGGCUGAUGUCGAGCUGCCUGAUAGACAACCGGGGCCUCGCCGCUACUUUAUCCUGUCCUCUCAAACUGCCAUUCACCGGGAGUACCGGGCUGAACUAGAACGCCUGAAGGAAGAAAACGGUGAGGCGCUGCUCCUUCUGGACAAGUGCAGCAACCUCUCUCAAGGAGCUGCCUCGGCUCGGAAGCGCUGCUACAAGGGUCAGGUGUACGACUAUCCGCAGAUCCUGCAGGAAUCCUCCUUUUGUGUGGUCUUAAGGGGGGCACGCUUGGGUCAAGCCGCUCUCAGUGAUGUUCUCCAAGCUGGCUGUGUCCCUGUCAUCCUGGCUGACUCCUACAUUCUUCCUUUCUCUGAGGUUCUUGACUGGAAAAGAGCAUCUGUGGUUAUUCCAGAGGAGAAGCUGUCUGAGAUGUACACCAUCUUGAAGAGUAUCCCACACAGACAAGUGGAGGAGAUGCAGAGACAGGCACAUUGGUUCUGGGAAGCCUACUUCAGCUCCAUGAAGGCUAUCGGCUUGACGACGCUCCAGAUCAUCAAUGACCGCAUCUACCCAUACGCCGCACGCACCUAUGAGCAGUGGAACAAUCCACCUGUGGUGAAGUGGUCCAGUGUGAACAGUCCCCUCUUUUUGCCGCUUAUCCCACCGAGAGCGCCGGGGUUCACAGCUGUGGUGCUGACCUACGAUCGCGUCGAGAGUCUUUUUCGAGUCAUCACGGAAAUCUCCAAAGUCCCUAGCUUGGCUAAGCUGCUAGUGGUGUGGAACAACCAGAAUAAGAGUCCUCCUGAGGAAUCCCUCUGGCCUAAGAUCAGCGUACCUCUCAAAGUUGUGCGAACCAAAGAGAACAAGCUGAGUAACCGUUUUUUCCCCUACGACGAGAUUGAGACGGAAGCCGUGCUGGCAAUCGAUGACGACAUCAUCAUGUUGACAUCUGAUGAACUGCAGUUUGGCUAUGAGGUAUGGAGGGAGUUCCCCGACAGGCUUGUGGGUUACCCAGGCCGACUGCACCUCUGGGACCACGAAAUGGGGAAGUGGAAGUACGAGUCAGAGUGGACCAACGAGGUGUCCAUGGUUCUCACUGGCGCUGCUUUUUAUCAUAAGUACUUCAACUACUUGUACACGUACAAGAUGCCGGGAGACAUCAAGAACUGGGUGGACGCACACAUGAACUGUGAAGAUAUUGCCAUGAACUUCCUGGUGGCUAACGUGACCGGCAAAGCCCCCAUAAAGGUGACCCCCCGGAAGAAGUUCAAGUGCCCUGAGUGCACUGCCAUCGACGGGCUGUCCCUGGAUCAGACACACAUGGUGGAGAGAUCUGAGUGCAUCAACAAGUUUGCCUCCGUUUUUGGUACCAUGCCUCUGAAGGUGGUGGAGCACCGGGCCGACCCAGUUCUCUACAAAGAUGACUUCCCGGAGAAACUCAAGAGCUUCCCCAACAUCGGCAGCCUUUGACUAACAUGCGGUCCGUGUCUUGACCUUGUUACGGUCCCCGCAGACCCGCCCCUGUCAGUCAUACCAAGGUAUCUUUUGUACUGAGGUGUUCCAGUAUUUUUAAUGCCUGUUUGUUUGGAAACUGUCGAGGAAUAUUAACAAACGGAGUGACACUCGAUGUUGACUGAUAAAUGAUCCUCACUGAGUUCCAUCUGUUGUGGAAUGAGUGCACAUGUACAAAUAUACAUACGUGUUCUGCGCCACCAAUGUCAUUUAUGAUUCCAUAUUGACUGUAUUGUAGGCACAGCAGGAAAAAAAGCUACUCUAAUCUACUGUAUAGUCGGCCGCAUAUGAACAGGAAUCUAAUAUUUAGAUGAUAUGCUGAACACAACAUUGUUUCUGAGCUACUGGAUUGUUUCCGUGCAUGUGACUUCACUUUGUUACAAGUGUCUUCUCAGUUGGUGUACACAGCUGUUGUUAGUUUUCCUAUUAAGUUGUGUGUGUGUCACCGUUAGAUGUUACAGUGAAGUAGGCUUUUAAGAUGUUAAUGUUGCUUUGCAUUGCUUUUUUAUUUAAUUUUCUUAAAUAUCCCAAAGGUCACUGCAAGUGAAGGUAUGUAUUCAUUAUUUUGUAAUAUAAAAUUAAAUGAAAAGUGAACAUGCUCA